AUGUGUCAAUCGAUGAAUAGACGACAAGACAAUCAUCAGAUAUCCAGUAAAACAUUUCCUAACGACAGAGUCUAUAGAAAGUCCAAUGAUUUAUAUGAAAAGGCGUUGAAAUUGUUGAAAAAGUCAGACAAAAGUAACAACAAAAAUGCAUACAAUUUCCUUAAGAAAUCGGCAGAAUUGAAGCACCCGUUGGCCAGUGAAAUGUUGGCCAAAGAGCAUCUGUUUGCCAACAAUUUGCCAUUUGAUCCGAAAGUUGCGCUCAUGUAUCUGCAGAAUAUUGCCAUCAAUCAAAGCUCUAGUGCUCAUCUAUAUCAGGGAUUCAUAUACUCAUCAGGUUUAGGUGUAAAAGCAGAUCCCAAGAAAGCUUUAAUACACUAUAAAUUGGCUGCUAAUCUGAACCAUCCGUUGGCCAAAAUGGCAAUUGCUUUCAGAUUUAUGUAUGGUUUUGGUGUUGUCAUUAACUGUACGACAGCUCUUGAUCUGUAUCACAGUGUGGCCACUGAUGUUGUCGACGAAUCUCAAAUUUCUGGUGGAAGUCUUCUACAAGAAAGACAUUUAUGGGAUGAAAGUGAAAUAUCAGCAAAAAUCUUGAAUAAAGAUAUCGUUGAAGUUUAUCGACAUUUAGCAAAAAAAGGAGAUAUCAGUGCUAUAGUUAGUUUGGGUUUAUUGUAUUAUUACGGAGAAUAUGGAGUUCCUAGAGAUGUUGACCGAGCGGUUCAGUAUUUUCAAAGAGCGGCCAAAUCGGGAAAUGCAAAUGCGUUGGCAUUUUUGGGUAAAAUUCACUUAAAGGGCAGUCAUUCUGUGCGACAGAAUUUGACGAAAGCAUUGCAUUUGUUUCAAAUGUCGGCACAAUUCGGGAAUCCCAUCGCACAGACAGAACUGGGACUUAUGUAUAAAUACGGAUUGGGUGUUGACAUUAAUUUUGAGGAUUCAAUCGGAUAUUUUUCACUGUCUUCACGUCAGGGAUGGGUUGAAGGAAUGCUUAACUUAGGGCUUAUGUAUAUUAAUGGUUUGGGUGUUUUGCGCGACUAUCGAAUAGCAGUUCGUUACUUAACUCUUACAUUAAAAUCAAAGCAUUUGCUGUCAAACUAUAAUAUCGGACAGUUAUAUGCCGGGGGUCACGGAGUGGCCAAAUCCUGUCCAACCGCCGUCUCUUACUUUAAAUCUGUUGCCGAAAGGGGUGUCAUUUCUCAAUUGUUAACACAAGCAAACCAUGACUUUGAUAAUCAUAAGUUUCUUCAGGCUCUCAUUGCAUACGCUUUCCUAUCCGAGUUGGGCUACGAGUGCGCUCAGAGUAACAGUGCUUUUAUUAUUGAAAACUAUGACAUCGACCAAUUGAAUAUAAAAGAUGGCCACAAACGCUACAGUUUGGCUCUUAAAUAUUGGGCACAAUCUGCAGCUCAAGGAUUAUCGUACGCCCGGAUCAAAGUGGGUGACUAUCAUUACUAUGGUUUGUCGAGUGGUAUCAACUAUCAGAUGUCUGCUUACUAUUAUCGUAAGGCAUCGGAGUCUCAGUAUUCAUCGCAAGCUCUCUUCAAUUUGGGUUAUAUGUUUGAAAAGGGUUUGGGUGUCAAUCAGGACUAUUCGGUGGCACUUAUUUACUAUGAAAUGUCCGCCCGAAUCAAUACCGACGCUAGAAUUGCGGUAUUUUUUGCAAAACAAAAGGUCAAAUUUUUGCAAACCAUAGACAAGAUUAUGGUUGCACUCGAUGUCAGCAAAUAUUUCGGUAAAAAAUGGGACGUUUGGCUAAUAUUCAUAUUAUUCAUUGUAUUAGCUUUUGUUGCGUAUAUUAAAUGGAAAUUCAAUUAA